UCUGCAAUUACAAGAAUAUAGUUUGCCCUCAAAUCCAUAAUGAAAAUGUAAAACUUUCUUCCUAUAGUUCUUUAAUUAUCACAAAGCACUCAGCUGUUGCAAUAUGCCCCUUUUUUCAUUUGAAAUGAGUUCAUUAUUGAGCAUCUAUUGUGUGCUGUAGUCACUAUAACAUAGUGCCUUAGGGUAAAUGGUUCUUCUACUUUCUACUUAUGUGAUUCUGGGGCAACUCACCCUGAGACUGUAUCCUCUCCUGUGAAAUGGAUAUAAGAAUAACACCUACCUCAUGAGUAUUAUGAGGAUAUACUAAGGCAAUGCACUUAGAACAAGGGUAGAAUAAAGCACUCACAACCUGUUAAUCCUCACUAUAUGCCAAGCCAUGGGUUUCUAUCAGUGCAAGAAAGAGACGUGAUUCCUGUCCUUGAGAAGCCUAUAUAUAUAUACACACUAGUAGUUAAAGUGUACAGGUAAGCAAAGAAUGUUAGUUUUUAAGAAGUGGUUUUUUUGAGUUCAUAGCAUAGGGGGCCCUGCUGAAGUCUCCUGAUUGGCAUCAGCUGCUUCGGAGGCGCCCAUGACCUGGCACUUAUUGUAAAAAGUGUUCUAGACCCACCCCAAUAACUUGGUUUCCCUGAAGGCCUUCUUUCACCUUUUACCUUCUGUAUUUGGGGGAGUCUAUCUACAGAAUUACACUGAAAAUUAACCUUGCCAGACUACCCAAUGGCUAGAAAAUACCACCCGCCACAUGUCAUCCUUAGCAUUUGAUGAUACACCCCACUAGCAAGUAAAUAAAGCUUAUUUUUUCCCCUUGAACAAAAGUUAUCUUAUGAAUUCCACGAACAGAUUACUUUAAAAAUAUUAAAUGAGACAAAUGUGAAAGCACUAAAGCAGCCUCUGGCCCACAAGAGAUGAGCUAGAAUACCUAUUGUUUCUUUCUUAUAAAUGAUUUGCCAUUCUCAGUGCACAGCUCCAAGUACCUUAAGUUUCAAAAAACCAACAAUCAUCACUGGGAUGGUAAUAAAACAGGUACCUAUCACUUAAGUACUUUGUAAUUACUUGCUGAUGUCCUAUCCAAGACCUGUUGGGAAGUAGAAACUAAAGAAGAGUAUGGCAGGCCAGCCUCAUUUCCCUCUAAUAGCUAAUUUUUGCAAAGGCCACAAUGAAGUCACUAACCAUCAGGCAGACAGCAUCUCAAAUCUCAAAUCUAUUUUAAGCUUUCUGGCUGGUACCACUAAGAUUGCUGGACCAUCUCCAUGUUGUCACAGCUAACCUCCAAUAUCCUUAAGGGUUUUAUCACCCACCCACAAAAACAGCAGGCAAAACUGGUUAAGCACUUGCUCAUUUCCAAGUUUAUUCAAGGGCAAGAAAAUGACUCAGUGCUAAUGGUCUCAUUCAGGAACUGUCUUUGCAUUUUAACACAGAAAGCAUGUGUGUAGACAAAAUAGGUAAUUUUGCACAAUGUUUUCUUUGAACCAUACUAUUUUUGAAGCCCCUUUCUUCUUGCCUGCUCUUCUCUACAACAACCCUGGGUUUUGUGCUACUUUUCUACACCUUCCAAUGCUGAAGUGUGAACAGGUGUUCUGGAGACUAAAACAGUCUGUGGGGACAGAGUAGCAAACCCAAGGUCUUGCUGCAGCCCUGGCCAGAUGGCCAUGUGAUGACAAAAAGCCCUUUUGAAGCAAGCCUAUUGGGUCGUGAAACGGAGCUCCAGCUAAAGAGAGGAAGCCAGGCCAGAAGAAGACAAGGUUGAGAUGUUAAAGAAUCACACCCCUCCACCCCCUGUCCCCCAGUGGUACAAGCAGUUAUAUUCUCUUCAGGACUGGGACUUUAUUUAUAAUAUACGUAUCAUAGAACCAUACAACUUUGCAAUUAAAUAACAAAACUUACACUUCUAAAUGAGAAUUUCAAAGUUAUUACUUUGGGGAGCCUUUAAUCUGAUUCCAGAAAUACCUUGGCAUUGCCUUCAAUACUCAUGAUAAAUUAUUUUGACAUAUUUAGUGGUGACAAAUACCAGUUACUUGAGAGUGGUUGUUAUUUUCAGAAACAGCCAGAUCAUUCAGAACCAAAAUUCUUAAGAUGGAGGAAUCAAAACUAUUUUGGUAUAAAAACCAAGGUGCUAGUUGUAGUAAAACAAGUUAGUUUCCUGUGCAGAUCAAAAAACAAUUUGAAAAGGUAAUUUUAAAAGUGCUCUGAAUAAUGGCAAUGUUGGUGUGGCAUAAGAUAUAUGUUACCAAGGUGACAACUUCGAAGAGGUCAUUGAGAAAGCUGCACAGUCAGCGCUCUGGAUCCAUGGGUUUCACAUUCGUGGAUUCAACCAAUAGUGGAUUGAAGAGAGUAUUUUUCAUCCGCAUAAUCUGCAAAUGAAGAGAGCUAACUAUGCAUUGUUUUGUGCCACUUUAUGUAAGAGACUUGAGCAUCCUGAGAUUUUGGAAUCCAUAGGGGAGGUGGGGUGUCUGGAAUUAAUCCCCUGAGGAUACUGAGGGAUAACUGCAUACAUUCUGGAGUACCAUUACUCUAUUUCUGCAAUCAUUAGGAAAAAGUUUAUAGACAACAGUCAAGCCUAGUAUAAAUAACCUCAUUUCUGAGUCCACAGGCAGAAACUCUUAAAAUAAUAAUCCAUUCUUAGCUUCAGUUAACUGGUCUCCAUGUCUGCAGAGUAGGGCAGUGACACUUAUGUAAAUUAAAUUGAUAUCAUCAGGUUCUAAGACUCUCUAGUAUUAAUAUCUGAUAACAGAUUUCACUUGGUGGUAUGGGUCUCCUACUCUCUAGUCCUUAAUCUAUGAGACACAAUGACCUGCACACAUCUAUAAUAUUACUACCUCCUCCUAUUUUGUACUUUCUUAGCAUGACAGAUAUUUAUAUAAACUCACUUAAUGAAACUCUGUUACUAUUUUUAUUCUUAUCAUCCAUAUGAGAGAACUGAGCCUGAAGGAAGUUGCCCAAGACCAAACAAUAAACUGCAGAGAUGGGGUUGGAACCCCGGCAAUCUGGCUUCAGCUAUGCUCUAACAAUCCAUCAACCUUUUACUGUCUCUAUGAGACAAGAGAAAGUCAGAUACAUAAAUCAAACACUCAAUAGAAAAAAGGACAAUGAAGAAGACAAAUUUAUGGUAAGUUCAUCUGAGAAAUAGAAAAGAAAGAGUAGAAAGUAGAAAUGAGGCAGAUCGACCCGUGUAAACUGGGAUGAAGGCCGCAGAGUAGCCGCGAGAGUUCAACAGAAAACCUGAAGAUGGACAAAAAGGCUCUCCUCUCAUUUAGAGACAAGAGGAAGCUGGAAAGAUCUGGGGGUCAUGAAGAACCAGUUUCUGACACUGUUUUCUGUUCUUCCUUGAAUACAUAAAAAUCAAAUUAUAUAAGAUUAAUAAAAAUAAAACUCCACGAUACUGUUAAGAUGAGUGUUUAUACCAGCCCACAUCACUUUGUGAACUUCUGCUGGCAAAUACGCUUAAUAAAUCAAAGUAAACUCAGUGUGUGAAGUUUUUAGAACUUAGUAUCAAUGAUUCAGUUCACUUAAAGAGGAGAAAUGUGUGGAAGGAGGCAAGUGAAAAAGCCCUUGAGAUGUCUUCCCUUUAACCACAGUGCCAACGUCUCCCCAAACCUAACCUCAUCUCACAGAAGCGGAAACUAAGUCUCAUAAAGCGGAAAUGACUUGGAUUAAGAUCCUGCGACUCCACGUCGAGUGCUCUUCCCACUUCUGAAAGCUAAUUCUGCCCUCUUUUAACUAUUCAGGGAAUCCCAGUCAGAAGUUCCAGCCUGCCACUGUUCUCUGAUGCCAUGCCAGCACCAACUCAACUGUUUUUUCCUCUGAUCCGUAACUGUGAACUGAGCAGAAUCUAUGGCACUGCGUGUUAUUGCCACCACAAACAUCUCUGCUGCUCAUCCCCUUACAUUCCUCAGAGUCGCCUGAGAUAUACACCCCAUCUGGCGUAUUCCACCUUCUGCAGGCCAAAGGAGAAUUGGUGGCAAUAUACCCAAGGAAGGAAAUAUGCUUCCACACCACAGAAAUUUUACCUCACACCUCCACAAGUCAACAGCAUCCUGAAAGCAAAUGAAUACAGUUUCAAAGUGCCAGAAUUUGAUGGCAAAAAUGUCAGUUCUGUCCUUGGAUUUGACAGCAAUCAACUACCUGCGAAUGCACCCAUCGAGGACCGGAGAAGUGCAGCAACCUGCUUGCAGACCAGAGGGAUGCUUUUGGGGGUGUUUGAUGGCCAUGCAGGCUGUGCUUGUUCCCAAGCGGUCAGUGAAAGACUCUUUUAUUAUAUUGCUGUCUCUUUGUUACCCCAUGAGACUUUGCUAGAGAUUGAAAAUGCAGUGGAGAGCGGUCGGGCACUGCUACCCAUUCUCCAGUGGCACAAGCACCCCAAUGAUUACUUCAGUAAGGAGGCAUCCAAAUUGUACUUCAACAGCUUGAGGACUUACUGGCAAGAGCUUAUAGACCUCAACACUGGAGAGUCAGCUGAUAUUGAUGUCAAGGAGGCUUUAAUUAAUGCUUUCAAAAGACUUGAUAAUGACAUCUCCUUGGAGGCUCAAGUCGGUGAUCCUAAUUCUUUCCUCAACUACCUGGUGCUUCGAGUGGCAUUUUCUGGGGCCACGGCUUGUGUGGCCCAUGUAGAUGGUGUUGACCUUCAUGUGGCCAAUACUGGCGAUAGCAGAGCCAUGCUAGGUGUGCAGGAAGAGGAUGGCUCUUGGUCAGCAGUCACUCUCUCUAAUGACCACAAUGCUCAGAAUGAAAGAGAAUUGGAACGACUGAAAUUGGAACACCCAAAGAAUGAGGCCAAGAGUGUGGUGAAACAGGAUCGGCUGCUUGGCUUGCUGAUGCCUUUUAGGGCUUUUGGAGAUGUAAAGUUCAAAUGGAGCAUUGACCUUCAAAAGAGAGUGAUAGAAUCUGGCCCAGACCAGUUGAAUGACAACGAAUAUACCAAGUUUAUCCCUCCUAAUUAUUACACACCUCCUUAUCUCACUGCUGAGCCAGAGGUAACUUACCACCGAUUAAGGCCACAGGAUAAGUUUCUGGUGUUGGCUACUGAUGGUUUGUGGGAGACAAUGCAUAGGCAGGAUGUGGUUAGGAUCGUGGGUGAGUACCUAACGGGCAUGCACCACCAACAACCAAUAGCUGUUGGUGGCUACAAGGUGACUCUGGGACAGAUGCAUGGCCUUUUAACAGAGAGGAGAGCCAAAAUGUCCUCAGUAUUCGAGGAUCAGAAUGCAGCAACUCAUCUAAUUCGCCAUGCUGUGGGCAACAACGAGUUUGGGACUGUUGAUCAUGAGCGCCUCUCCAAAAUGUUGAGUCUUCCUGAAGAGCUGGCUCGGAUGUACAGAGAUGACAUUACAAUUAUUGUAGUUCAGUUCAAUUCUCAUGUUAUAGGGGCAUAUCAAAACCAGGAGUAGUGAAUUUCUUACCCUGUUGACUCUCGAAUGAAGUUGAUUUACAAGGUAGGUAGAUUUUUAAAAGAUACUAAAAUAAUAAGCAUUUCCAGUGGGUCAUUCUAAACAUUUACCCAGUUCAUCUUGUAGUUAGUCAAGAACUCCAGUUGAAUUGGCAGCAGGGCAGCGGGAUCAUCUCAUUCUGCCUGGCUCAGACCUCACACCACCUGCACUUGAGUCAAGUCAGUUUCUUAUUGCAGGUGUCUUGUGACACUGGCUUCUUGUAUCAGUCUGAGAAAAUCAGGAUGACCUGGCAAGUAGGAUCUUGAAUAGGCCAAAAGCAAGGAUUUUGCUGGGCAUGUUCUCUUGGUAAAAGGGAAGAAACAACAGUUCACACCUGCAAGCCCCUUCCAUCACUAAGAUUCCAGUGUACAUGAGAACAUUCAUUGCAUGAUUUCCUAGAUAUUCAAUCUGUGCAUUAUUUAUAUAAAUUUAGUUUAACCUGAAGUGGUUUUCAGAUCCACUUUAAACCACAGAUGACUGAGAAUCAGGCAAUCUGAAUUUGUGUUUGUGACUAUUUGGAAUAUUUUCGAGAUGGAAAAGCAAACUACUCCCUUCUCUAUCCAAUUACCUAAUGUCAUUGAAACGUUUUCUAUUUUGCCACACACUUGAAGACAAUAAAGGAUUUUAGUUUUAUCUACUCUUAUAUUGAUGUUAAAUAAAAAAAGAUUUUUUUUUUUUAGUUUGUAUUAAUGAAAAAGUUUAUUUAGUUUGAAAUAAAAAGAUCCAGAAUAAAAAGAAGAGACUGAUAUGUUCAACUAUUGUCAUUGAUAGUCACCAGCAUAUCACUCUUAUGUAAUUCCCAAAGGCUUGGCAUGUUGUACAUAUGUGUGUGGGGCGGGUAGAGUGCUGCUGGGAAGUCAUACUUCUAAUUUCAUAGUGAUAAGGAUUUCUAUCACUUGGAAUUUUAAGGAUGAUAUAUAUAAGUUUACAUGUCAAUUUGGGGAGUAAGUUUUACCAUUGGGUGUUGAGACAGGAGGAAGUUUUGUUUUCCCCACUUAGACAUAAAGCAGUUAAAAUAUUUGGCUUAAAAAUUACUAAAUGCUUUAAACAUUGUAGCUUAUAAAUAGAAAUAUUAAGAUAUGUACAUGAGAAAUUUUAAAAGGUAACUAUUUUGCAUGUCUGAUGCUUAAUAGAACACUUAAAAGCAUCAAGUGUUAUUUGAAGCAGCCUCUGUAAUUAUUUGCAGUCCCUUCUAUUGCUGUAUUGAAGUAAAUGAAAGUAAAUAUGUUCAAAUUGGCUUUUUGGGAACUUAUUUGAUAUGUAACAAAUGGCAUUUUCCUAUGUUUUAUGGUGAUCUGUGUAUAGCUGUACAUAUAUUUUCAUCACUUACUGUAGCAUCACUGUUAAAAGAAUGGCUUUGACUAUGUUUGAUAUUCAUAUAGAUUUUAAUAUAAAACAUCAGCUUUCCCUUGUGUAAUUAGUUGAGGGUUGUUUAGGAGUCCUUUCAGAUUUCUGUAGAAUAUGAACUACAUGUUCAAGGACUCUGGACUGUGCACACUACAGCAAUGUAGAACUGACUACAAAACUUAUUCCUGUUGAAAAAUAGACUCAGGAAGAUUACAGCUUGGAACUUUUCUUCCAAGCAGCAUUUUGGAGGGGGAAAAGGCUGUACUAUAUAUUUAUUUCUAAAUGUUUUUUUUUGACAGAGGCUUUUUCUUUUAAUGAAAUAUAUUUAGACUGUAGUAGCAAUUAAAACCCAUUUUCAAGCUAUUUUAAUUUCUUUUGAUCACUAUAAAAAGUUCCAUAAUACUAUAUAUGUAAUAAAGUCUCAUCUUUAUAUGGUACAGUAUAUAUAAAUUUAGUUUCCUGUGGUCAUGAUGAACAUAAUUGCCAUUAAUAUAAUACACAAGAAACUUGGUCUGCAGUCUGAAAGCUGGUCUACUCUCUAGAAUGAAAAUGCAGUGUGGUGUUCAUUGUUGAGACAAAAAUAAUGGGAUGUUAGAAAUCUGAAUCUACUAUCAUCUGAAAGCAGUUGUGAUUUUAUUGUAAUUGGUUGUCACAGUGAUCUUAUAUCUAGAAUUAAAGAAUACAUAUAACCUUUCAUCAUAUUUAGCCUUUCUUAAACUUUUUUAAAUUAAACUUUCUAAUAAACAUAUCAACUUCUGUAUUUAUAUUUAAUCAAUGGCUCAUGAUAUUUAUAAUACACCCUUAACUACUUAAGUGAAUGGUGGUAUGGUAUACAGUACUUGGUAGAAAAACUGUGUCUUAUAAAAGAUGUAUUUGCGUGAAGACAUAAGAAAAGUUUAUAUAUAAUAUAGAGUAUGGUCCAAGAAAUACCCACAGUGAAUUAAAGCUUCAUAUCUGCUUUCUGAA